AUGUACACCAAAUCAUCAAAGGCAACAACAACCCCACCAGGGGCCCUUAUGAGGGGGCCCCAGGGGGCCCUCACCAGCGGUAGCGCGCAGGGUCACUCAGGCAACUGGGAAACCGGUGAAGUGUCCAUGCAGCCCUCUGCCCCCUUUGCCUGUCCGACUCUUCAGAGUAGCAGGAGGCCCCCUGGUGGAUGCGCCCAGAGAGGCCCACCUCGCAUACUACUGUAUGGAGGGACUGCCUGUGUAGCUCCGACCUUCCGCAGGGGCCCCCUGCUACUAGCGUUGUCUGGUUCUUUCUAUGCUGCCGUCAGAACCCUCAAAGGAGGCACUCGAAUCUUAGGACUUGAGGAGAGCACCCAAAGACUUGUGAACUCUGCAAGCGCUGCUGAGCCUCCACCUGGGGGCGCCUUCGGACUUGGGAGGCCCCAUGAGGUAGGGCGCUCCAUUGAGGGCGGAGGGGAUACUGCAGCAACUGGGAGCCCCUUGGGUGUCUCGGCUGAUGAGCUGAACUGCUUUAGGGACAAACUCUGCAGCGACCUGCGCCUUUUGGUGCGCCUCUUCCGGUUUUUUGCUGCCCCAUCCGCAGCAGCACAGCCAUCACCAACUAAAGCUGCAGCAGCAGCAGCAGCAGUAGUAGUACCAGCCGAUGCCAUGUUGCUGCCUGAGAUGACGGAGUUAGCAGUUACAAUCGUCCUUACCCGGGCAAGACUGCCACAACUCCUUGAGACCCUGAAACUCCCAAGCCUUCCUGUGGGUGACCUUGGGACCCCGUUGCCUGCAGCAGCAACAGCCGGAGGUUAUCGCCCGUCUUGUGCAGUGAAAGGGGACACCGAUGGCUUUCGCAGUUUUAACCUGCUGAUGCUUGCAGAGCCCCUCCAGCCAUCGCCGGCUAUUUGCUACACCCUUCCAUUCCCACAGCAACACGAGCAGCAGCAGCAACAGCAGCAGCAGCAUCACCAACAACAGCAACAGCAACAGCAGCGAGCACGCGAGUCGGAGUUAGACGGUUCACAAAAGCUCCAGCAACAGCAACCCAUCACUACUAGUAGGUGUAGUAGCAGCAGCAGCAGCAGCGCCGUUCGCUGGUGCAACGUGCUGCUGCUGCCGCACGAGGGCCGGCAGCAGCCCAACGUGAAGCGUACAGACUGGGUAUUGCAGCGGCAAGAGCUGCUGCAAGAAGCGAGAAGGAGAGCAGCAGAGUUAGGGGCCCCCGUGGAGGAGGCACUUUUGGACAAAGACGGAGCCCUCCUUGAAGGAUGCAGCAGCAAUUUCUUUGUAUACUCUAAAGCUCGCGGCUGCGUGUUAACAGCCCCUGACUCUGUCUGUCUCCCGGGGGCAACAAGGAGACAGGCGAUUAAGGCAUUUACUGCUAAUGGCUUGGAGACAGUUUUCGAGACUCCCCAGUGGAGACGGAAACAGGAAGAACAGUGGACCGCUGCGUGGAUCUCCUCAGCAAGCAGACUACUGCUACCUAUCCGUUCCCUCAUCAAACCCAUGCCAAACACGCAGCAGGUGCAGGACCAGCAACAACAACCCCAGCAGCAUAAGCAACAGCAGCAACAGCGGUCCACUUGGAUUUCCGUGGACUCCCCAGUGGGCGAAGACGCCCGAGUCUACUGGCUGGAUACAGAAGAGACGAAAGCAAACGACAACCCUUCACCGCAGCAUCAGCAACAACAGCAACAGCAGCCGGAAGGCGAAAGACUUGCUAACAAAUUUGAAGAGUUUAUUUUCGCUGUAGAACCUGACUCCCUCGCUGCUCGAGCGGCCCAGUGGACAACAGAAAUGGCAGAGGCAGAAGCGCAGCCUAUCUUUUGA